AAUGCACACAGCAGUUGAAGCCACAGAAAAUGGUGUGGGGACAGUCCUUGGUAAAAUCGGAGACACCCUCAACUUCACUUCCUCCGCAGCUAAAGACGCGGCAGAAGACUUGGAGCACAAAAAAGACGAACUUGUGACGAACGCGUACGAUACAGCAGCUGAAGUGGUUUCAGAAACAGAAACCAUCCUUGCGUCCGAAACCGAAAGCGCCAAAGAGGCCUUCACCUCCCAAAGCGCUCCUAUUUUCGAAACCGUCCGCUCAUUUGAAAACGAAAUAGAAAGUAAAACCGAAAAACUCCAAGACAACCUCGUAGGUGCUCUUGACGAUGUGGAAAGCGACAUUGAGCAACACUUUGACGCGUUAGGGGACAACCUGAAGGCUGCCGAGAAAAAAGUAGAGGAACGGCUGGAUAUUUCACUCCCAGGGUCGCCUGAAAAGGAGCCGAAGAAGGAGGAGCUUGUACCGACAUUUUGGGAGGCUGCGGCGGACGCGAUUCUGCUACGAAGGACAAUAAAAUCGAUGGAUUUUCGGGAGCUCCAAUCGGAUUUAAGAGCCGAAUCCGAAAAAAGUGAAGUGGAUUCGGGGGUGAACAGUGAAGUUCCGAUAAAUCAGUUUUUAACAAAGGACAACAACGACACCGUUUAAAAAUUUAUGGAAAUCAUUUGAUUGUACAGUUCCGGAGAUAUAUUUUUAUAAUUGUUUGAUGUUUGUGAAGUCCACUAGCUGUAAUAUUUCGUUGUUUCUGUAUAUGGUUCGUUUUAUGAUUUUUGAUGGCAGUUCAAAGCUUUUAUGUAUAUCGAAUAUUUGUACACCAUUUUCUAAACAAACACUUUCUUCAGAAGGAAAUAUUCUUUGUUAUUUCUUGAAAAAAAAAACAAAUAAAAAAUUAUGAAAACGCUAA